AUGAAGGCAAGAAAUAGAAACACAGGAAGUUGGGUGAAGGUCAGAACUGGAACCACAGGAAGUUGGGUGAAGGUCGGAAAUGGAACCACAGGAAGUUGGGUGAAGGUCAGAACUGGAACCACAGGAAGUCGGGUGAAGGUCGGAAAUGGAACCACAGGAAGUCGGGUGAAGGUCGGAAAUGGAACCACAGGAAGUCGGGUGAAGGUCGGAAAUGGAAACACAGGAAGUUGGGUGAAGGUCGGAACUGGAAACACAGGAAGUUGGGUGAAGGUUGGAACUGGAACCACAGGAAGUUGGGUGAAGGUCGGAACUGGAAACACAGGAAGUCGGGUGAAGGUCAGAAAUGGAACCACAGGAAGUUGGGUGAAGGUUGGAACUGGAAACACAGGAAGUCGGGUGAAGGUCGGAAAUGCAACCACAGGAAGUUUAGCACUGGAAGCACUCAAACUCACCUCCUCGGUCAAUUGUCACUGUUACAGAAGAGAGGCAACAAAUAGCUGUCAUUAUCUGGUUCUCAAUCCACUUGCAAUCUUGAACACAAAGAAGCUCAUCCCACAAGGAGAGCAGGCCCAAGACAUUGUAAGAUUUUGA